CCUCCGCCGACCGACGGCACCGAACAGCUCUGCCUGGUGGCCAAGAGUCCGUACCGAAUCCUUAGGUGCGCCGCGGCGGGCAAUCUGAAGCGGUUCCAGGAGCUCCAUUCGGAGGACCCCAGCUGUCUGGUGUUCAGGGACGCGCAGCGGGGUCGCACCUGCGCCCACUACGCCGCAGCCGCCGACAAAGUCGAGAUCAUCAAAUACAUUGUGCUGGCUGGUGGAGACAUCAACAUCACUGACAACGAUGGCCAGACCCCUCUUCACGCUGCCGUUGAGAGCUCCAGUCUGGAAGCAAUCAAAUGUCUACUGGAAUGGGGCGCCGCCACAGACUGCCUGGACGCCUCGCUGCGCUCCCCGUUCCACCUGGCGGUGUGGCUGGACCGCCCUCAGUCGCUGCGUCUGCUGGCGCAACACCGGCGGCUGGUGCGAGCCGAACAGCUCACCGAGCACGGCAGAGACGCCCUGCACGUGGCGGCCGUGCGCAACCACGCCCAGUGCGCCGAAAUACUGCUGGAGGAGUUCCAGAUGCUGCCGGACCGGUUCUGUAAGAACGGCUUCAGCCCGGUUCACGAGGCGGCGCGGCGGGCCAGCUUUGACACUAUGCUGGUGCUGACCCGGUGGGCGGCGCGGACAGGACGCUCGCUGAUGCAGAAUCCCGACUCUGAGGGAAACCUGCCGCUCCAUCUGGCCGUCCACUCCGGAGAUGUCAAGAUGGUGGAGCUGUGCCUUCAGAGGGGCGCCGACAUCACCAAUACUCAGAGCGACCUAUCCACGCCCGUCCACUUAGCCUGCGUUCAGGGCUCCAUGGAGAUCACCCAGCUCAUGCUCCGGACUCAGUCGAAAGACGCGAUGGCGGUGCUGGAUAUGCGCGACUCGGCAGACAUGACUCCGCUCCACUGCGCCGCCAAGUUUGACCAUAGCGCACUGGUCGAAUUCCUUCACUCCAAGGGGGCGGACCUGUCAGCUGUGGACAGCGAGGAGCGUACCCCGCUCCUGCUGGCCGCGUCUCGCUCCUCGUGGAGUGCCGUUACCACUCUGGUGAGCCUCGGAUCCGCCCUGGAUCCCAUCGACAAACGAGGCAGGAACAUGGUGCACUACAUCGUCCUGAACGGCGGCAGAUUGGGACAACUGAUGGACUGCAAACUGGAGAGCAUGGCGUCUGUGGCGGCCAUGCUGAACCGUCAGGACGGCCGCGGCUACACGCCGCUCCAUUUCGCCGCCCGAGACGGCCACCUGGCCAGUCUGAGAGAGCUGAUCGAACAGGGCGCCUGCACCGAUAUCAAGAACGCCAGUAACGAGAGUCCGCUCCACUGCGCGGCUCGAUUCGGGCGCUACUACACGGUCGAGUGUUUGCUUAGCUCUACCAAGGGCCAGCAGAUUAUGAACGGCAUCGACAGCUCUGGUCGAACACCCCUGCACAUCGCCAGCCAGAACGGCCACCUGCGCGUAGUGCAGCUGCUGAUCGGCAAGGGCGCCCUGCUGAACCGCGACUUCGAGGGUCUGACACCCCUGCACCUGGCCACGAGGCGCGGCUUUACGCAGACGAUGAACCUGUUGCUGGGCACGCACAGUCAGCUGCUCGACCAGCGCGACAAGGCAGGGAACACCGCGCUGCACCUGGCCUGCCUGGCCAACCGUCCCUCAGCGGCCGGCCUUCUUCUCUCCAUGGGGUGUGAGAUAGCGGCCAACGGGUCCGGGUACACAGCACUGGACAUCUGCAUCAAACACAAGCUGACCGAGACGGCGCGGGUGCUGCUCACCACGCCCACCGCGAGUACCGCGCUGCUGGCAGACACACAGGGUAAGAACAAAUACAUCGUGGCCGCCCUAAUCGACGUCAUGCCCAACAUCAUGAAGACCAUCAUGGACAAGCACAUCGUCUUCUCCAACUGCAAACGAAAUGACGAAAAAUUCACGAUAACAUACGACCUGAGUUUGUUUGAGCCGAACGACAGGCAGGUGACGGCCAUCCGAAAAUCCCGCGGGGAUAACAGGUGGAAGCCUCGGCCACUCACUGCAGUCAACCAUAUGGUGCGUCACGGCCGUAUAGAGCUGCUGAUGCACCCGCUGACGCAAAAGUACCUGGCCAUGAAGUGGCAGGCGUACGGCCGGAUCUGCCACAUGUUGUCGAUGCUGCUGUAUGCCGUGUUUGUGGCCCUGGUGACGGCGCACGGGGUGCACCUGCUGCGUCUGGUGCAGCACUGUCCGGCGCUGCUGCAGACGGACGGAUACGUCAGCUGGGAGGAGUCGGACGGCCUCCAGCAGGGCUGCGAAAACUCCUCAGAGGAUUGGGUGACCAACGGGUCGUCGAUUACGGAGCAAAUAACCAUGAUCGCAGUUAUCAUUUUCGGUGUCCUGAACGUGCUAAAGAAAAUGAUGCAAAUGUGGAACCAAGGCUGGGCCUUUCUCAUCGACUUUGAGAACUACCUGGAGCUGUCGCUGUACAUGUCUGCCCUGUUCAGCGUCACUCCCGUCUUCCACCCCGUCGUACAUCACGUCUACGUCAUCGCCGCCGCCAUCGCCGUGUUCCUCGCCUGGUUCAACAUGCUCCUCUACCUGAGAAGUUUCGAGUCGGUGGGCAUAUACGUCGUGAUGUUUGUGGAGAUUCAGAAGACGCUGCUGCGAGUUCUCGUCAUCUUUUCCGUCCUCAUCAUCGCAUUUGGACUCGCCUUCUACAUACUCAUGUCUCAGGGCAACCAUCCGGAGUUCAGCAGCGUGCCCGUGGCGCUGUCUCGCACCUUCAACAUGAUGCUGGGAGAGAUCGACUUCCUCUCCGUCUACGUGUACCCGUGGCUGGCGGAGCCGCAGAACGGGACCUUCAGCACCACAAUGCCGACCCACACCACCAACACAGGCACCGGGCGCCGCGGAGCGCGAGCCUCACCCACCGUUCUGGGCCGGCGGUUCCUGCCGUUCGCCAACACGGCCUUCCUGCUAGUCAUCGUGUUUAUGGUGAUGAUGCCCAUCCUGCUGAUGAACCUGUUGGUCGGCCUGGCCGUCGGGGACAUCGAGACGGUCCGCAAAAACGCCGCUCUCAAACGGCUCGCAAUGCAGGUGGACCUCCACACGGCGCUGGAGAGGAAGUUACCGGACGCGUUUCUGGCGCGCGUGCGGCGCACCCAAAUGGUGGAGUACCCGAACGUCACGCUGGCGGUGGCCAGCCGCGGCGGGCCGCUCUCCGCGUGCCACAAGGUGUUCCACUUUGUGAUGGAGCUGCUGACGCCCAGCCACGACACCGUCAACACCGGCACCUUCGACCACCUGGAGGCGGCCGUGGAGGACGACGAGUACCGCCAGCAGGAGGACCUCGCCAAGCUGAAGCAGCGGCUCAAGGAGGCGGCCACCGUGCUCGACUCGGUGCACCACCUGAUGCGCCAGGUGGCCGCACAGCUCGAUCUGGCCGGUACAGAGGCACGGGACGAGGACGAGGGAGACGCCCUGGAGCCGGGCGGUAGGAACAGCCCGGCGGCCACCAUCAGUGCUCGCAGCACCCCCGCGCCGCCGGCUGAUUAGGGCUGCCAGCGUCCGCACAUACGUCAGAUAACCGGCGACGGCGGGGAGCCGAGCGGCGGGGGACGUCAUCACAAGUCAGCGGGCGGCGGUAAACACCAUCACGACUCACCGAGCAGGACACGUCAUCAAAGAACGGCGGAAUACGUCAUCACAACUCACCAAACGCCAGCCAGACUAGCCGUCCUUACAGACACACGCCUCUUGUGUAAGUUGUUUGCGAUGCGCCUGUUAGUUUUGUCAGGUUAGGUUCGCCAGCAAACAAAUGUCACGCCUUUCUGCAAAGCUGGCCUCUGUGGUGCGUAGUGACCACACAAUGGAGACGCUGACAGACGCUAAGUGGUCCCAAUUUGUCCCAAACAGCGCAGUGGCGGCUUUAUUUGUUGUACGUGUUCGUGUUCGGUUAUAAGUGCGUCUCUGAUGCGUAGCAGCACACUGUUUCGUCACGUUCGAGAUACACACUACAGAGCAAUCGCGAUUUGGUAGCUCGGGUAUUUAUCGUAAAGCCGCGGACGCGUCGUUCACAUCACACAUCGCUGGCAUAUUGUCGCAGAUGUUACACAUAUUAUGGUAAUUUGUGAUUUUGAUGGUUCAUCGUGACUUGUGGCUGUAUUCGUUGUUCGCUGUGUUGAUGUAGCGUGCUCGAGAAACGAGAUUAUAUGUAAGUGAGGAGUGGGAAACGAAAUAAGAUCGGGAAACGAGGUGCAAGUCGCUCGAGAGUUGUCGGUCACAGACAAAGGGCAGGGUAGCAGAGCGGAAUUGUCCAGCGGGUCUGGUAUGUAUGAAACAAUCAUGCAAUUUUGUCUGUUCGAUGACGGAAUAUACUAGAACUAAUAGCGCACCGUCGUUAACUUUAUGUCGAUUUGUCAUGCAACACAACCAUUGUGCAACGAAUUGCUUAGCUUCAUGUUCGUCUAAUAUUGUUUGAUAUAUUUGCUAUGUUUUAAUAAUUAUUUAUUACCGAGAUAGUGAUAAUGAUGAUCCGAUGGACUGGCACAAUACAGUUUUGCCCCGA